CAAUCACGGCGGCGGUGGCGGCGGCGGCGAGGGGGAGCGCGCGAGGGGAAUGUCGUUGUUCAAGAACGGCGGGGACGGGCUGAGGGGGCUGAGGCCGCUGGUUCACCUGCUGAUCCCGCUCUGCGUCCACUGGAUCGCCGAGGAGAUGACGGUGUCGGUGCUCGUCGACGUCCUGAUCGACGCCCUGUGCCCCGGCGACACCACUUGCUCCAAAGUCAUCUACUUCAACGGCCUCCAACAGACGAUCGUCGGAGUUUUCAAGAUGUUUUCAAUCCCGAUCCUCGGUCAGCUUGCAGACGAGUAUGGACGAAAACCGGUGCUCCUUGCAAUCAUAUCAACGUCCGUAUUUCCCUUUGCUAUGCUGGCCUGGGAUCAAUCGAGGGGAUUUGUAUAUGCCUAUUAUGUACUCAGGACUAUAUCAUACAUUCUCAGCCAGGGCAGUAUAUUCUGUGUUUCCGUUGCUUAUGCGGCAGAUGUCGUUGAACCCGGUAAGAGGGCUUUCGCGUUUAGCUGGAUUACAGGUCUUUAUUCUGCUUCUCAUGUCCUGGGAAACUUGUUAGCACGUUUUCUCCCAGAGAAGUACAUAUUUGAUGUUUCAAUAGCUCUCUUGCUCUGUUGCCCGAUAUAUAUGUACAUAUUUCUGUGUGAGACCGUUAGAUUUGCCCCAAGGCAGGACCAAGAGUCAACAUGGCUGACUAGGAUUAAAAGGGGUGUGUCCAAACGGUACAGUUCAAUGAGAGAUGCAGCAAGAAUAGUUAUAAGGAGUCAAACACUCAGAGGCAUCUCCAUUGUUUCUUUCUUCUACCAGUUGGGAAUGACUGGCAUCAGCAACGUAUUACUGUACUAUCUGGAGGCAGCUUUCGGUUUUACUAAGAAUCAAUUUUCGGAGAUUCUAAUAGUGGUGGAAGCAGGUUCAAUUGUUUCACAGAUUCUGGUUCUCCCUCUUGUAAAUCCUUUGGUUGGAGAAAAAGUAAUACUCUGUGUAGGCUUACUUGCAUCAAUUGCUUAUGCAUUGUUCUAUGGCUUGGCUUGGGCAUCAUGGGUGGCAUACUUAAGUGCCUCUUUCGGAGUUAUUUAUGCCCUUGUUGAUCCUGCUACCUAUGCCAUAAUUUCAAAAGCAUCAAGCUCGGCUGAUCAGGGAAAGGCACAAGGGUUCAUAGCUGGCAUACAAGCAAUAGCCAGUUUUUUAUCACCCCUUGCCAUGAGUCCCUUGACCGCUUGGUUCAUAUCUGAUAAUGCCCCCUUCAACUUCAAGGGCUUCAGCAUUGUAUGUGCCUCUGUAUGCAUGGUUCUUUCUUUCGCAUUCGCUUGUCUGCUUAAACCAGAAGAUUGGUCAAGCCAGAACUCAGAUCAGGACAACAUAGAAGACCAAGAAGCUCCAUUACUUUGCAGCAGUACUGGAUAAAUUACAAAACAUCUAACUUUUCAUGUAGUCGUGAAAUUUCACCUAGGGUGUUGCUGUUGCCUGUACGUCGGAUAGGCUCUUGGAGAAGUGAUUCUGUUUUCAAGGAGUUGCAUAUGACAAAGUUGUAAAUAUAGUAGAGUUUGAGAGCUGAAUCUUAGAUAAGCAGCUUAAGGUUACUUCUCCAGCUCUUGCCUGUAGGAGAUUUUGCUAUGAAAUUUCACUUUAUCAAGUGUAUCGAUAAAGCAUUUCCUCGUUAUUGUAUUAAUUAUAACAAUCAGCAGUCCAGCUAACUGCUAAAUUUUACUAUAUCUUAAUGGCCAUCAGAUAAUGUAAUUAAAGUCAAA